AUGACGAUGAAUGCGACAAGCGCCGAUCAGGCUCCAGCUCAGACACAGAAUGCGGCUGCAGCUCCAGCGGUUACCCCAGUUUCUGAGCAGCAACGACAAAUACAAACACAACUACAACAACAACAGCAGCAGCAGCAGCAGCAACAAAAGAAAACUGCUUCAUCCGAGAACGAAUCCCGGAAACGAACGCCGGCCAUGACGCGUGACCGACACAAUCAGCAGUCGCUAGGCGCAUCACUCAAUACCUCUGUCAAGCAGGCUCGUGUGCUCAUGGUUGGUGCUGGCGGAAUUGGAUGCGAGUUGCUCAAGAACCUGGUCCUCACAGGCUUUGGCGAAAUACAUAUUGUAGACCUCGAUACCAUCGACCUUUCGAACUUGAACCGGCAGUUUCUUUUCCGUCACGAACACAUAAAAAAAUCCAAGGCUUUAGUGGCCAAGGAGGCAGCAGAACGGUUUAAUCCCAAUGUCAAAAUUGUCGCACACCAUGGCAAUAUAAAGGAUGAUGAAUUCACUGUGGCCUGGUUCCAACAAUUCCGCAUUGCUUUCAAUGCUCUGGAUAACCUCGAAGCGCGCAGGCACGUCAAUAAGAUGUGCCUGGCAGCUGAUGUACCCUUGAUCGAGAGUGGCACCACCGGAUUCAAUGGCCAGGUGCAGGUUAUCAAAAAAGGCGUUACUGCAUGCUACGACUGUACUCCCAAGGAAGCACCCAAGUCUUUUCCUGUGUGUACAAUUCGAAGCACCCCUAGUCAACCCAUCCACUGCAUUGUCUGGGGCAAAAGUUAUUUGCUCAACGAGAUCUUUGGCACAAGUGAAGAUCAGGCUGCGUUUGACCACUCAACUGAUGCCGACAAUGCCAAAGAGAUUGAAGAGUUGAAGAAAGAAUCUGAAGCUCUCAAGAUGAUUCGGGAUGCUACUGGCACGUCCAAGUUCCCUCAGAUGCUAUUUGAUAAGGUGUUCAACGCCGACAUUGAGCGACUACGUUCCGUGGAGGGGAUGUGGACAUCCCGGCGAGCUCCUGAGCCUCUUCAAUAUCAGACCAUUCUCGCACAGGCUGGCGAGGCUAUCGCCAACAAAGACAAGAUUCUGAAUGACGAUCAGCGGGUUUGGUCCCUGCAAGAGAGUCUAGCUGUCUUCAAUGACAGUCUUGACCGACUAAGCAAGCGAAUUCUUGAACUCAAGAAGAACAAAAAACCUGAAGACUCCGACCCCACAAUCACAUUUGACAAGGAUGAUAUUGAUACCCUUGACUUUGUGACAGCAAGUGCCAAUAUUCGCUCAACAAUUUUUGGAAUUGACAGGAAGUCUCGGUUCGAUACCAAACAGAUGGCAGGCAACAUUAUUCCAGCGAUUGCCACAACCAACGCAAUCGUCGCUGGUCUCUGUGUUCUUCAGUCCUUCAAAGUCUUGAAGGGCGAGUAUGCACAGUCCAAGGAGGUCUUCCUGACCCCCUUUGCCCCAGCUCGACUUCUGGCCCCUGAUAGGUCCAGAGAGCCAAAUCCCGAAUGCCCCGUAUGUAGUGUUUACUUCACAAGUAUUGUUGCAGACUUGUCUCGGGCGACUCUCAAGGAUCUCAUUGAUGACAUCGUCUUGUCAAAGCUGGGAUUUGAAGGCAAGGAGUUUGUCGUGAACAAUGACAUAGGAACCUUGGUUGAAUGUUUUGAAGACGGCGACGACGAGAAUCUACCCAAAAAGCUGACUGAUCUCGGUAUCAAGAAGGACUCGUUCUUAACUGUCAUCGACCAGGACGACGAAGACACGCUCGUCAAUGUGGUUAUCAAUGUCCGAGAAGGUACAUUGAAAGAAGACGAGAAACCAGUCAAGGCUACAUUCGCGGAUGUCCCUGAGAUUCCACGUCGACCAAAGAAGCUCCAGCCAGUCUCCGCGAAUGGCAAUGGGAAACUCAACGAUGAGCAGGCCGUUAGUGCCGAGCCGAAGGGUAUCAAGAGACCGCAUGGAGAGGACGCUGAACCACCUCUCAAGAAACUCAAGAUCACCGAAUCCGGAACCGAUGUUGUAGACGUGGACGAAGUCCAAAGUCAUGCCGGCGGCGGCGCUAUCGUCAUUGACGAUUGA